AUGGGUACAACUGUGUCUCAAUAUCCGUCGCAUAAAAUAUCUCCUGAAGUUGACACAAAAUGGAAUUGCCCAGCAUGCUCAGCUGAUAGUCCUAACUCUGCUUAUCCUAUAUGUAUGGAGUGUGGUGAGAAUUAUUUGAAUUUUGUCGAUUCUCAGUCAAAAGUUCCAUCGACAAAAUCCUGGCAAUGUGAUCUUUGCUCUUUCAACAAUCACGCUGAUCUUCCAUAUUGCACUAAUUGUAAUAGAAAUCAAAUAGCACAGAACGAACGAGAACUUCACUCAGCCAAAACAAGUAGACUGUCUUCAAUGAGACCCAAGUCAGUUGCUGUUCGCGAUCGUCGUACCAUGGAUGCGUCGACUGCAGAAAAACUAAGUCGAGAUGUGAUCGCUUUCUGCAAGAAAAACAAAAUGCCGUUUGUGGACGAUGGAUUUUUACCUUCGGAUCAAUCGUUGGGUGCUUUGGGAAUGAAACGCGAGAUGCAAUGGUUACCACUAGCGAAAAUAGCGCCAUCAACAGAUCUUGACGAUAAUGGGCCUUGGACAAUCUAUAAUUCGCCAGAACCAAGCGAUAUUCAUCAAGGUGAACUCGGUGAUUGUUGGUUGCUAGCUGCAUUGGCGUUGAUUACUGAACGGCCCGACAUGCUUCAACAUAUUCUUCUAACAAAAACAGUAAAUCCAGAAGGAGUAUAUGUUGUACGAAUAUGUCAUCAUGGUAUUUGGAAAGCUGUGCUUCUUGAUCAAUAUUUUCCAUGUACGCAAUACAACACAUUAGCUUACAGUCGAGCUGCGCGCCGCCAACUAUAUGUUCCAUUAAUUGAAAAAGCAUGUGCAAAAAUAUUUGGCUCUUAUGCAAAUUUAUCAGGAGGGUCUACAGCUGAAGGCCUUCAGCUAUUAACCGGAGCACCUACUGAUCGAAUUAGUCUGCAUCCAAUCGAUGAUGUGGUCGAUUUUGAUAUUGUUUGGGCCAAGCUACUAUCGGCUUGCGAAUCAAAGCUAUUAAUUGGUGCAUCAACCGGUUGUUCAGAUAUCAAUGAACACGAGUAUGCACUCGUUGGAUUGAAUUCUAAUCAUGCAUUUACUGUCUUAUUAGCGAAGUCAUUGGAUGUUGGUGAGGGUCGUUUUCUACUUCUGCGUGAUCCACAUGGAACUACGAAUUUCUCCGAAGAUUCGAUUACUCCGAAGAUUCGUAAACAUUUAAGUUCGAUUCGUGUUGAAAUGCCGAAUUUCUCUGGAAUUUUCUGGAUAACGUGGUCAAGUUUCUUACGUUUUUUCGAAAGCAUAACAAUAUCAACCUAUGUGAGUAAUCAUUUUGAUAUUCGUGAACAAGCUCAAUUUACUGAAUCACCAACAGAAUUAUUGCCUGCUUAUUAUUUUACUUUAUCAAAGACAUCACUGAUCACUGUGAGCCUCAUCUAUCAUCGGCAUCAUCGGAAAGGAAAUAGUCAACACACUCAAUCGUUUGUCCUCUGUAAUGUAGAAGAAGAAACAAGCGAUGUUGGUACAAAGGAAGUGAUUUUAGAGAGUCAUCGUGGGACAUUGACCUAUUGGAAUGGAUCGCUACGACCAGGUGCCUAUGUUAUUAUUCCAUUCUCAGUCAGUCUUUGGAAAACGAGAAAUAGCAAAAAAGACGAAAGAACAAGAAAUUAUACAUUAGUCAUUCAUUCGAGUAUUCCGGUCGAUGGUGGAUUUCUCCACGAACCACCGACAUUUCUGGCUGAUUGUCUCAUUGCUGCAACACUCAAAUAUUGUAAUAAGCCACUUAUAAGUAACUCCUCAGUUGUUUAUACUACGCCACGUCGUUUUGCUGCUAAUCUGAUCGUGGUCGAAAAUCAAUGCAUGUAUGAAUAUCUUACAUUUAAUAUGAUUAUGACUAAUGCUGACAAUAUUUAUCAUUCCCGUCACACUAAUGGUACUAUUGAUUGUGUUCCACCACGCCAUCGACAACUGAUAUGUAUACUUGAAUGGGGUCAUCUGAGAGGUGAAGUAGCGCACAUGUCAUAUGCCACUUCUCAACGAAUUAGUAGAACAUGGCAUAAUGCAUCACCAACUGUUGCAAUCAGUCAAGCUGAUUUGCAUUCACCUAGACCUUUUUGA